AUGCGUUUACUAAUUUUUCUCAUUUGUCUUUUAAAUCCAUUGAAUACUUGGUGUUCGUCAUUAUCUCCUAAAGCUACAUCAACUAUUCUUUAUGUUGGCACAUAUACAGGAGAUGGUCCAAAUGAUAGUAAAGGGAUCUAUGCUUUUUCUCUCGAUGAUACAACAUCAACGCUUACACCAUUAGGUUUAGCUGUAGCAACAACUAAUCCAUCUUAUGUACUUAUUCAUCCAACACAUAAAUAUCUUUAUGCUGCUAAUGAAGAAGAUAAUGGUAGAAUAAGUGCAUUUAAAAUAGAUUCGGCUCAAGCAGGACGUUUAACAUUCAUUAAUCAACAAUCAUCUGCUGGUAGUGCUCCAUGUUAUUUAUCGACAACUAAAAUAGGAGGACAUAUUUUUGUUGCUAACUAUGGUAAUGGUACUGUUGCUGUUUUACCUACCGAUGCAAAUGAUGGAAGUUUAAAACAAUAUACUGGAUUUGAUCAACAAACAGGUUCAUCAGUUGAUCCUGAUCGUCAACGAUCACCUCAUGCACAUUGUAUUUUACUUGAUAAAAUUGAACAGAAUGCAUUAAGUGCCGAUUUAGGUUCAGAUCAAAUCUAUACUUAUCGAUUUUUUCCAAAUAAUGGUUCAUUAUUACGAAUACAAGCUACUAAAAUAGCCCGAUUAGGUGAUGGACCAAGACAUUUAGUUUUUAAUUCGAAUCAAAAAUUUGUUUAUGUUGCAAAUGAACUUAAAUCAACUGUAACAGUUUACAAUUAUUUUCCUUCAUUACAUUCUGUUCAAACAAUAUCAACUUUACCAGAUGGUUUUACAGCGUGGAAUUCUGUUGCUGAAAUUCUUUUACAUCCAAUUUCAGAAAAUUAUCUUUAUGUAUCGAAUCGUGGUCAUAAUUCAAUAGCUGUUUUUAAAGUUGAUAAUAAUAUUGGACAUUUAGAAUUAAUUCAACAUAUAAAUGUUCAAGGUCAAACACCAAGAAAUUUUAAUAUAACACCUAAUGGAAAAUAUUUAAUCGUUGCUAAUCAAGAUUCAAAUAAUUUAGUAGUUUUUUCGAUUGAUAGUACAACAGGAAAAUUAACAGCAACUGGCUCGACUGCACAAGUCAGUAAACCAACAUGUAUUAAAUAUUUAGUUCAAUAA